GCUCACGCUGUCGUCUGCCGGAGUCCCAGCGGCGGUGUUCUCGGGGACGACCGUGGUGUCCCGACUGUGGCCGGCCGGGCGCUCUCUUCUCUCCCUGUGGCCCGCGACGUCUCGGCCGGGCCUGGAAGCUGGUAGUCCUGGGGCUGGCGGCCUUGCUGGGCCGAGCCCAGCGGCGAUAGAGCUGUCCUGGCGUGUGGCCAAAGGCCGGAGUCGGCCCAGCUGGCCUUGGACUCGGAGGACCCCGUAGGUGAAGGAGCCAAGGCAAGCAGGCAGGCAGGCAGAAGAGCGCUCCCUCCUCGGGCGAAGCAGGUACCAUCUGCAGCACCAGGCCGCGUGAGGGGAGUUCCUCUGCACCCUUGGUGCCUUUCAGGCCGCCGAGGCCCGAGGAGCUGGCAGGAGAUGAAGUUUGGCUGCCUCUCCUUCCGGCAGCCUUAUGCGGGUUUUGUCUUAAAUGGAGUCAAGACUUUGGAGACGCGCUGGCGUCCCCUGCUUAGCAGCCACCAGGACCGUACCAUCGCCAUCCACAUUGCUCGCCGGGACUGGGAAGACGUCACCUGGCAGGAGCUGCUGGUGGAAAGGCUUGGAAUGACUCCCACUCAGAUUCAGGCCUUGCUUCAGGCAGGGGAAAAGUUUGGGCGAGGAGUGAUAGCCGGGCUCGUUGACAUUGGGGAAACGUGGCAGUGCCCUGAAAACUUGGCUCCCGUGGAGAUUGUGGAACUGGAAAGUCAAGCCGUUCUGACCGACCUGAAGCAGAAGUACCUGACUGUGAUUUCAAACCCCAGGUGGUUACUGGAGCCUGUGCCCUGUCAAGGCGGAAAGGAUGUGUUCCAGGUAGACCUCCCAGAGCACCUGAUCCCUCUGGAACGUGAGGUCUGCAGAGUAUGCAUCCCUGCGGGGAACAUAGCUGACACCUCAGCUCACCAUCAUGUGCAGGUAGAUCUAUAUUAAUCAGGUCAAGCUGGAGUUACCGUUGCCGCGAAGACUGCUGCUACACACCAGGGGAGGUUCACAUACGUGGAUUUCUUUGCUUGGAUGAAGGGAAAGAGGGGUGAACUCUGCCUUGCGUGAUGCGCCGAGCUCAUUGACCAUGUCUCAAGCACUCUGACCUUUAGAAAAAAGGAAAUGCCUUGGCAUGGUGCUAGUUUUGGUCCUGCUACUUUCUGAAUGGUACGAAUAAAUGCGUUGAAGGUAA